AUGGGGUACGACCUGGAGAGGUUCGUGGGCUUCGUGAACGAAGGCCUCCUGUGCUGCGUGUGUCGCGACGUGUUACAGCGCCCCCUCCAGGCGCCCUGCGAGCACGCCUUCUGCAGCGCCUGCAUCAGCAGCUGGCUGCUCCAUCACCGCACGUGUCCCGAGGACAGGCAGCCGCUGGACGUGGGCGCCCUCAAGCCUCUCUACAGGUACAUGCGCAACGAUCUGAACCGUCUGCAGAUCCGCUGCGUGAAUGCCGGCCAGGGCUGCGAGGCGUUGUGCUCGCUGGAGGGCCUGCACACGCACGAGGACGAGUGCGACUUUGCCUUUGUAUCGUGCACCAACCCAGGGUGUCCCGCACAGGUGGAGAGGCGAGCUUUGGAGGCUCACCUGUCAGGAUGUAACUUCUGCAGCCGCGAGUGUCCCAACGGCUGCGGCCACACUCUUCUCUCCCUCGAGCAGUCGCAGCACAACUGUGUGGCGGACCUGCGGGCCGAAGUGGAAAUGUUGCGGGUGGAGAUGCUGUGCAAGGUGGACGAGGUGAGACGGGAGAUGGAGUCUCGCUUGGACUCGCAGAGGAGACACAUGGUGCAGAAGGAGUCGCAACUCAAGAACGAAGUCGAGGAAGUGAAGGGCCAGUUGUCGCGCAUAAUGUGUGACGUGCGCGCCCUGCUCGGAGCAGAAAGGCACAGGCGACAAGAGCUAGCAGAGGUGGACCUGGAGAAGAGGGAACUGCUGGAGCUCCUCAGAGACCCGCACCCCGCCAGGAGCCAGCAGUCCGUCGACCCGACGGGCCGAGACCAGGUCCGGGGGGACCGGCCGACACCCGAAUGGGAACUCUGCCAAGAGCCGCUACGGCGCCAGCGGAGGGAGGCGUCUUUACAUCUAUCCGGUCUCUCGCUUCACUCGACUGCGGCUUUAAACGGAUCCGCCGGUCCUCCUUCACCUCAGACGAGUGAAGGUGCACGCAAGAGCGGAACCCGGAGUCUGACGCUGGAUUGCAUCAAGAAGAAGAGCCGUGAGGUCACCGUGAUCUGAGUAGACUGAACCAAAGACUAGCCAAUAAGGAUAGAUCCUUUUUUGUAUGUGCGUGUUUUUUUAAGACUACAGUCUUCUUUACAAUUUUAGAAACAAUAGAAUACAGUAAUCCCUCGCUAAACCCAACAGCGAGUAAGCAGGGGUCCGCUGUAUAAUUUCACAUAAGGAGAAAAAGGAAACCUUAGUGAGCAAUUUCAACUCACACAUUUGAACAUGACCGGAUUAACGCACAUGCCACAGUUAGAGGUCCAUGAAAUAAAGUUGCAAAUACCAACCAGGCCCCACGAUUAGCUAAUGCACAUACGCAUAACAAUAUGGACAGGAAUAAAUGCAAGUAAAGAGCAACAUUUAGCUUGAUAAUAAUAAGUCGUUUUGGAAAUUGUAACAAAUGUUAUCCCCGCGAUAAACGCGGGAUUACGGCACUGAGAAUGAGAUGCGUUUGAAAGGCUUUUGUAUGCAAAUCUACUUUAGUCGAAUUGUUUGUUGUUUGACCUGUGAAUAAACUGAUUAAUUU